UAACCCAUAAAUUUUCAGGAAAAACAAAAACCAGCAAUUUAUGGCUGCUACAACUUCUUCAGGCCAAUCUCCGAGGACAAGAAGCCCUGCCCCUUUCUUGUCCAAGACAUUUGAUUUGCUAGAAGAAGGUGCAGCAGAGGAAGGAGAUAGUGGAAAGAAGAUUGUGUCUUGGAAUGCAGAGGGCUCUGGAUUUAUAGUUUGGUCUCCUGCUGAGUUCUCAGAGCUUUUGCUGCCUAAAUAUUUCAAGCACAAUAAUUUCUCCAGCUUCAUCCGCCAGCUUAAUACCUACGGGUUCAAGAAAACAUCACCAAAACAAUGGGAAUUUAAGCAUGAAAAGUUCCAGAAAGGCUGUAGGCAUAUGCUGGUGGAGAUCACAAGGAAGAAAUGUGAGCCAAGUGCAUUUCCAGUGUAUCUAAAGGCUUCAGAAGAGAGUGGUAGUAGCAACACAGCUGUGGCUGCAGCAGAGGAAAAUAAUUGUUUGCUGUUAAUGGAGGAGAACAAGAACCUCAGGAAACAGAAACUGGAGCUGCAGAUGCAAAUAUCUCAGUUUAAAGCCUUAGAAAUGAAGCUGUUGGAUUGCCUAGCUCAGAAUAUGGAAGAUCAUCACAAUAAAGUUCGAUGCUGAUGAAACGAAUUAAUAAUGGGAGUUAAUUUUGGUACGAGUGUUUGUAUCAAGGUCCAGGAAUUCAAGCAUAUUUGAUCAUUGAUGCUGCUGCUGCUUGUCCAGAAUUAUACAGAAAAUUUGAGAUCAAAGGGUUUAGGAAAAUAACCAUAUCAAGCUAAUCAGAAUCCAAACACAACUUUAAUUUUGAUAAUUAGGUCAAUCACGUUCUUCACGUCUACCUAUUCUUGGUUUUAGGUUCCAUCCAAGAUGGAUGGAUGGAAAACAAAUGGAAAUACUUGACAAACCAAGGCAGUUGGUUCACAUUCUUAAUUUGAAUUAUUCAGACUUUCUACCUGUGUGUGAUUGUCUACAACUAUUAUUAAUGCUAGAGACACCAAUUUUUUGUACUA